CUCUGUCACGUGUUGGGAAGAGGAAGUUCCUUUGGGCCUGUGUUCAAUUGGCAGCUAUGGAGUUUUAUAUCGUUAACCCUUUAAAAUGACUUUUGGAUUGGAAGUUUUGUGUGGUGUACUCGUCUUAAGAUAGAGCUGUACAUUUUUUUUUAUUUUAAAUUUUUUUAUCUUUGGUGCUUCUCUUUGUCUGUUCCACUUGGUGGUGGAUCCCUAAGGAGAGGAGAGGACGGUUUGAGGGGAGUAAUUGCUGAGCCCAUAGUUGUGGCUGUGGCCCUAGAGUCUGGUAGAUGCGGGUUAUGGAGGAGACUGACAGGGAGGCGGUGGCCACCGCAGUGCAGCGGGUGGCUGGCAUGCUGCAGCGGUCUGAUCAGCUGGAUAAAGUAGAACAGUAUCGGCGGAGGGAGGCUCGUAAGAAGGCUUCCGUUGAAGCUAGGCUUAAGGCAGCUAUUCAGUCGCAGUUGGAUGGGGUCCGGACUGGACUGACCCAGCUCCACAAUGCCCUUAAUGAUGUCAAGGAUAUCCAGCAAUCCCUAGGAAAUGUCAGCAAAGAUUGGAGACAGAGUAUUAAUACCAUUGAGAACCUCAAGGAUGUGAAAGAUGCUGUCGUCCAACAUAGCCAGCUGGCAGCUGCAGUUGAAAAUCUUAAAAAUAUUUUUUCAGUUCCAGAAAUUGUGAGAGAGACCCAUGAAUUAAUUGAACAGGGGGAGCUUCUGCGUGCUCACUGUAAGCUGAUGGACUUGGAAUGUUCUCGUGAUGAUCUCAUGUACGAACAGUAUCGCAUGGACAGCAAGAACACACAUGACAUGAGCCUCAUUCGUCUUUACUUUGGUGAGGUGCAGAAGCUGUCUGAGGACUUGGCCAAACAGCUGUGGAUGGUUGUGGAGAGGUCAUUGGUUACAAUUCGUCGGGACCCAACUUUGCUAGUUUCAGUUCUUCGCAUAAUUGAACGGGAGGAGAAAUUUGACAGAAGAAUGCUUGAUCGAAAAAAGCAAACUGGUUUUAUUCCUCCUGGGAGGCCUAAGAAUUGGAAGGAGAAGAUGUUUGAGGUUUUAAAACAGACCGUUACAAAUAGAAUAGAGGGUACUCAAGCCGAUACUAGGGAGUCUGACAAAAUGUGGCUUGUAAGACACCUUGAAAUUAUACGCAAAUAUGUUCUUGAUGACCUAAUGGUUGUGAAAAACUUGGGAGUGCAGUGCUUUCCUCCUCAUUAUGACAUUUUUAAAAAGAUCUUAACCCUUUAUCACCGGGCUUUGUGUACACGCAUCCAGGAACUGGCUUCAGAGGAUUUAGAAGCAAAUGAAAUUGUUUCCCUUCUGACUUGGGUUUUAAACACAUAUAAAAGUGAUGAUAUGAUGGGCAGCCCUGAACUGGCUCCUGAAGUUGAUGUGAAUUCACUACAGCCCCUGCUGUCACAUGAUGUGGUUGACCAGCUUCUCUCAAAGUACAUGAAGACACUGCAAAGCAACAUCAUUGGCUGGCUGCGAAAAGCACUAGAUACAGAUAAGAAAGACUGGAAAAAGGAAACUGAGCCUGAAUCAGACCAAGAUGGGUACUAUCAGACCACACUUCCAGCAAUUGUAUUCCAAAUGUUUGAGCAGAAUCUUCAAGUGGCUGCACAGAUCAGUGAAGAGUUGAAACUCAGUGUGCUGAACCUGUGCCUACAGCAAAUGAAUACAUUUUUAAACAGAAUGUCAGUGGGAAGUUUAAAACAAAAGUAUAUGAAAUAUGAAAUUGAAGAAGGAAACCCUCCCAGUGUCCUAAGCAUGGAUCCAAUUUUGGACAGCAUUGCAGGAGAUGGAUGUUCUUACUUGCUUGGUGAAGUCUUCAAAGAUCUGGAGCAACAUCUCAAUGACUUGAUGACAAGGAAGUGGCUGAGUGGAUGUAAUGCUGUUGAUACUAUCUGUGUCACUAUUGAAGAUUACUUUAGCGACUUUGCCCGAAUUAAAAAGCCCUACAACAAGAAAAUCACUGUUGAAGCACAUAGAAGGGUGGUAAUGGAAUACAUAAAAGCUAUCCUGCAAAAACGUAUUACUUUCAAGAAUGCAGAGGAAAGGAAAGAGGGUGCUGAACGAAUGACAAGAGAAGCUGAACAAUUCCGUGUCAUCUUUAGGAAACUUUCAGCAGGUUUGGGAGAAGACACCAACAAGCUUUGUGAUGCCAUAACUGCUUUGGCAGAAGUUAUUAAACUUACAGAUCCUUCAAUGAUGUAUCUAGAGGUGUCCACCCUUGUCAAUAAAUACCCUGAUAUAAGGGAGGAACACAUUUCAGCUCUGCUAGCAAUGAGAGGAGAUGCCAGUAGAGAAAUGAAGCAAACUAUCAUUGAAACUAUUGAUCAAAAUGUGAGCCAAACUAGCCAAGACUAUCCUCCAAUUUUCAGAGAUAUCGUAGUGCCAAGUCUCUCUGUUCCUAAAUUGCUAAAGUAAUGACCAUUAGUGCUACAGAUUGAGCUUCCAAGUUUUGUUUUUGAUGUUACUAAAUUUUUGUUGUUGUAAAGUUACCUCUGUAUCAGUUGAUGACGAGUGUCUUAACUGUAGAAAAGGUACCCAAGCUUGUGGUGUUGGUUCUUGAACAUUAUGUGAAGUCCUGAUUUGCACUACUAAAACUAUAGCAGUGUACUUCUAGAUUUUCUUUGUGCACUUUUUGCUGGAUAAAUUGAGUUUUACUGCCAAGUUUUUGUCUCUUAUGAUGAGUAACUUACUGCACUAUGCUUUUAAGAACAAAAGUGUAAUAGAUUUAUGUACAGAGGAGUACUUUGUACCAGAACUACUUUAUCUUUGUGUAAAUGUGUUAGCAUUGUCAGUAAAGUAAACUAUUUUGAUGUCCAUUUA